AUGGUCCUCGGACUGCUUGGCGUCGCCACCGCCGCGCCUUCGUGCGGCCCCGGGCAGUGGGUAAACCUCACCUCAAUCCCCCAGCCGCGUCAAGAGCACGCCACCGCCGCGAUAGGAGACUCCAUCAUCGCCAUUGUCGGCGGUCUCGUUCCGACGGCGAACAGCACGGCGACGACCGAUCUGGUGCAACUCUACGAUGUUGCCACGGACACCUGGCACACUGCCGCGCCCGCACCGCACAAGGUCAACCACGCAAAUGCGGCUGGGGUGGGCGACAGAUUGUAUUUGCUCGGCGGCCUGGUCGAGGCUCCUCUCUCGUCGGACCUGACCAUGAACUGGGUAGCCACUCGAGCCUGCUAUGUGUAUGAUCCUGCCGUGGAUGCCUGGAGUGAAAUUGCUCCGAUGCCGAGCGGCACCGAGAAGGGCAGCGCGGUGGUUGGGGUGCAUGAGGGGAUGAUCUACCUGGCUGGUGGAAUGACGGUGCUCCAGACAGGGUACCAGGAUGCGGUCACGAGUGUCGUUGCCUUCAACACCACCUCGGAAGCCUGGCAGCGACUCGAGGCCGCUGCAGCCGAGCUCCCGGAAAGCCGCCAACAUGCGGCCGGUGCGGUCAUUGGGAAUUCCUUCUAUGUGGUGGGUGGCCGACGGUACGGACAGCUCUACCACAAGGACACCGUCUUUGAGCUGGACCUGACAGACCUGGCAGCUGGUUGGAAGGUCAGCGCAGCUCGGAUGCCGGUUUCGCGCGGCGGUUUGUCGGGCGGUGCCGUUGGAGGCAACUUCUACGCAUUCGGUGGGGAAGGCAAUGUCGAUGCUGCCACGGGAGUGUUCAAUCAGACGGAGAGGUAUAGUCCCCUGUCGGUGCAGUGGACCGAAAUGGCGCCCAUGCCCGUCCCACGCCAUGGAACCCAGGCUAUCGGCAUGGGUGGCCGGAUUUAUAUUCCCGGGGGUGGGCUGCAGCAGGAUGGGAAGUCGGUCUCCGUCGGUGGUGGUCCGGUCAUCUUUCAGCAUCCUACCACUCACUUCGAUGCCUACUGCCCUUGA